AUGUCUAGAAAAAAAUUUGCUUUAACAAUGGAGCUGUUUCAAAGCGCCAGAGACAAGGGCGGAGGAGGCCAGUCUGUCUAUGAACUGAGAACACUCCUUUCUCAUUUACUGGAGAAUUUCCUUACAGAUGUCAAUAAAAUUGGAGAGUCAUUACAACAGUGUGCCGAUGAAUCAAGUGAAUGCUUCAUGAUGCUCCAGUGGUUUCGAUGGUUGGUUGAUGCACACUCGGAUAUGUUCCUGUAUGUGCCUGGAAGUCCUCCAUCAGAUGAAGUUCAUGGCCAUUCUCAACAACCUUCCCCACCUGGCAAUGAAGAAAACCUUUCAUACGCCUUCACAACUUGGUGUCUGACUAAAUUGCUGCGUCUACUGAGCUACAGUCAGUGUAUCAAUCUGCAUGAGAAAUGUAUUGCUGUUGUGGUCAGCUUGCUGCAGCUGGUCAAAUGGAAGGACAGCCAUUUUUAUCACAGCCUCUUGACCAAUCUGAUACACACUCUAGCAGAUCUAGUACAACUGAAUGAGAAACUGUACAGUACAGAUGAAAAUUUGAAUGAAACCCUGACCAGGUUCAUUGCUAGGGAUGACCAUGUGCGACAAAGCCUUGUUGAUCCUGCUGAGUCAAGUCCUUCCAAUGUAAAGCUGUCUCCAGCAGCCAUACAGGUGUGCACAGUUGAUAUGUGUGAACUUCUGCAGGUCAAUCUCACAGAGUUACUCGGUCACAUGGUUGAGGAUGUGGGGAUGGUGACCAAUGGCCUAUUGCCAGCAGUGUGGGGCUGUAUGUGCUGGGCUGUGGAAAAUGGAAACCUCGACCUCAAAGCUUGUUCAUUUCACAUAAUAAAGGAGAUGUUGGAACACAGUGGUCUUCCCACACUUAAUGUCAUUGACUACUUCCUGUCAUGCUCAGUCGCAGUGUUAGACCUGAUGUGCUCUGGUUGUAAAGGAGGCGAGAAAAAGUUGGUAAUGAAGGUAGAGGACAAUCUGGCGUUAGUGCUCCAGGGAAUUAUCCACGCUGAUCAGGCCACCCUGCAGCCCAUUAACCUGUCUGUGUCACAGAUGCAAUACCUCCUAGCCAAGAUAUCUGUGAUCCUGACCAUGAAGGGAUUGAUGUCCCUUCAGACUACCAGUUUACUGCAAGGGGUGUCGGACAUGAUCAGCUACAUACUUGACAAAGUUCCUCAGUCCACCCUAUCUGGAAGUAUCUUCAGUCCAUUGGUCACCAAUAUGUUUUCAACUCUGUUAAACCACUGUGGUCAACUUCAAAAUCUUCAGUUUGUGGUAUCACCAUUGGUCAAGUCUGUUAUGCUUCAAGUAGCCAAUAUUCAUAGUGUUGAACAAGUUUCUGAAGGAAUGACAUCUGGAAAGGAAGAUGCCCAGCCAUCACAAUAUGGACAACGCAAAAGGAAGGCAGAGACAAUGAAUAAGGAUGGUCGUAUCAAACUGACCAAGUGUCAACGGAUGAUCAACAGUAAAUUAUCCUUCUUGAUAUCCAUGGUGACAGAUGGAGGGGCCAAGGUUUUGGAGAGCAUGACGGGAGUGUGUGCCUUAGUUCAGGUACUUAUCACAUGCCUUCAACAGAGUCGCAACAUAUCGAGAUUGGGAUACACAUCAUUCCAACACUGGCUGCCUCUGACAACAUGUCAGGAAUUAGUUUCAUCUGCUGUCGCUGCCCUGCAACUGUGUCCUGAUUGGUCAUCUGAUUCCACCAAUCAAAUGCUUGUAACAAUCUUACAAACAUUUGCCACCCUGCUUUGUACUUAUGAUGCUGGAGACCUUGACCCUCAAGACUUGACAACCAUGUGUUGGAUAGCUUCUCUUACCUGGAUACCAAAUGACCCAUCAUGUAUGGACAUGAAGAUGGCUCACACAAAGCAAGUGGUCAGACUUAGUCAACAACUCUCAGAGAAAUUCGAUAAUGCUGUUAAACAUGAAAGUCUACAUGUCUUGUCCUUUCUGCCUAAAGAUGUUGCCCCAAAAUGGAGGGUUCAUGUCUUUAGGCAAGCUUUUGGAGAUGGUGAAUGUAAAAUGCGACAGUCAGCACUGAACACUUUUCCAUUGCUCUUACAUCACCUUGGACCCAAUGCUAAUCAUUUGGUCUACGAACUUAUUCAUGCCUUGGUGGAUGACAGAGACCCUGAAAUACAGAAAACGAUGGCAGAUACUGUAGGAAAACUGGCAUGUGUUGUCUGCAGGAAAAGUGUUGUCAGCAGUUUUAAGACACUGGGGACCACUUCUACCUCACAGACCAUACAGUGUAUCUCCUGUGAUAAAUUACAAGACAAAGAGUCCUGUAAGUCGACCAAGGAGCGACCAAGACUUGUUGAUCCAAACAUGUUUUCAAAGUUCCUUACUUUACUGGACACAGAAAACCAAGAGGUCAAGCUAGCGAUGAUAAACAGUCUAAGAAGAAUGUUUGGACAUAUUGGUCUGAGGAGCAACAACCAAGCCACUAUGGGCAUGCUGAAUACAUGUCUGUGUCUGAUUGAAGAUAAUGACUAUAAAGUACGGGUCAGAUUCAGUCAGAUCAUAAAUUCUUUGGUGGGUGAUGGUUUCAGCGACCUAAAUAAUCUCAUGGUACGCAAACUAAAGACUUCACUUGAUAAGGCUCGUGAGGACGGAAAUAUUCGACUACAAGAAACAAUUCUCCUCACAGUGUCACAGCUUGGCAGACUGGCUGGUGAUGAUCUGAUCCUGGUAGUCAUUGUCAGCCUCCUAGAAAACCUGCUGUCUCCAGUACCACUGAUUUCUGCAGUGGCUUAUGAACAGUUGAAGUCUGUGGCACAAUUCAAGAAAACAAAGACUCAGGAUUUAUUUAUGAAGUCAAGACUGUCAAUUUGCAAGUUCCUUGUUGAAGCCAUGCACCAAGCCCAGGUGACUCCAGGGGGCCGCAGCCCAGAAGCUAUCCUCAGAGACGUUGCCAAAGUCCUAGAUUUCACAGACAUUAAGUUAUUUCUACAGGGAACAAAGAAGUACAUGGUGCCCCACUUGGUUAGCAAAGCUACACCUGAAGCCUCUUCUCUGAUCAAACUGAUGGCCACACUACUCAACGUGCCAAGUCGGAUGAAGCUUCUACUGGAGAUGAUUAAGUACACCUACACUUACUUAGUGUGUCACUGUGGUAAAGCUGAGAUGGAAAGAGCCAUCACUUUCCUACAGAAUGAAACAGAGGUUGACCUGGGAGGACUAGUGCGACUCCACUUUCAAAGAACUCACCAGGAGUUACUCCUACGUCUUAGUACAGACUAUUCACAGGUCUUCAAUGGAUUGCGUGUACUGGCUACCUAUGAUGAGAGCUAUCAGGGACCCAAAGAUAUCACCACAUCAGAACAGAUGGCAGCCUACCUCCAGCCUCGUCUGCUGGGAGUGAUAGCUUUCUUUGACUCACAACUACUGACUGUUAGCAUUCCACUGGAGGACAAAAUACUAACACUGGAGAGUUUGACUUCUAUCAUCCGUCUGAUGGGAUCAAAAUACAUUGGCGUUAUCCGUCACAAAGUUGUCAACACUCUUAGGAUUGGGCUCAAGUGCAAGGACAAACAGAUGAUGGAGGUAUCCUGUCGGGCUUGGAACUGUUUUGUAACUAGCCUGGAGUUGCCCUUUCUGGGACAGAUGAUGUCACAGAUCAUCGCCACACUUCUGCCUCUUCUGGAACCGCUCCCAAAACAGGUUGCAGACAUUUUCUCCUACAUCAUUGUAGAUAACAGGGAAGUGUUACAUGAUCAUUUCCAUGAGAUCUACUUUCUGCCUGACAUACCAGAACUAGCUGAGUGUAAUGGUGUCCUAAAGCAGUAUGUGGAAAGUCCCUCGAGCCAGUCGGAUUUAAAGACAUCUUUGACCAACUCCACCAAAGGGAUAGCCCACGAAAGUGUUGAUGUCAGGAGACAUGCUUUGUCUAAACUCCUCAAACUUCUCCGUGAUGAAAAGGAUAAGUUGUACGAGUAUGUGAACAGUAAUGAGACAGCAGAUCCAGUAAUCUCCAAUCUGGUUUCUCUGCUCCUACAAGGCUGCCGUGAGACAGAUCCUCGAGCACAGUGCCUUUACGCAGAGUGUAUUGGAGAGCUAGGUGCUAUAGAUCCAGGCAGACUAGAGUUAAUGUGUAACAACCCGAAAGCAGACUUAGCUAAAUACCAUGCCAAUAUAGAGGAGGAAAAUUUUGCUCUUGAACUCAUCAGUGAAAUCAUCAAUGCUUUUCUUGCUGCUCCAGAGUCCAGGAUACAGGACACUGCUGCAUUUGCCUUACAAGAACUGCUGAAAACAUACAAAAUAACUGAGCCAAAGACUGGUGAUGGGAGCUCGGGCCGCAUCUGGAAACGAUUCCCAGAUCAUGUUCAGGAAAUUCUCAUUCCAUUCCUCAGCUCAAAAUAUGCACUGACCAAUUCUACCAAGCAUGACUGGUCAAAACAGGUCACCCCUAUUUACUGCAGUGAGAAGGGGCACAAUUUUGAAAAUUGGGUCAGCACCUGGACAGGCUACCUGUCAUCAAAGGUAAAGAAGGGAUUUGCUCGAGAAGUCUUCCUCUCUUGCAGUGCUGUCAUCAAACACAAUGGUAACCUGGCCUUGUACAUCCUGCCUUACGUUGUCCUACAGGUUCUCAGGGAUGGCACACCAAAGGACAUCAAUGAUAUCCACAAUGAGAUAGCAGAAGUUCUGAAUCAGGCCAAAAGACCAGAUUCUAAACAAAAGGCAGCCAACCUUCCUCACCUGAGUACCCAGACAAUCUUCUCUGUCCUUGACUAUCUGACAAAAUGGAUGCACUAUAUGACCCAGACGAAAGGGGUUGACCCUCAAACUAAAGUGCCUGUGUGUCAUGCUGAUCCUACCUACAAAGCUAUUCAGGCAUUCCGCCAAGUGAUUGCCCAGGACCUACUUGCAGAUGCCUGUUACAACUGCAAAGCCUAUUCCAGAGCUCUCAUGCAUUUUGAACAGUUCUUGUCCAGCAAAGGUCACAAUAUCCAAGAGCACCUCAACUUUAUGCAGAAAUUGUAUGUCGCUCUUGAUGAGCCAGAUGGAGUGUUAGGUGUAGCGGCAAUCAGACUGGCACCAACGCUGACAGAACAAAUUCUCAUACACGAAAGUCAAGGUCAACAUCAGUGUGCCCAGGCAUGCUAUGAGAAAGCAAUCCAGAGUGAGGCUGACAACGUAGUUCAUCACCAGGGUCUGCUGCGUAAUCUGAUUGAGCUGGGUGAACACAAUAAAGCAUUGCUCCAUGCCACUGGGGCUGUCGCAGAAAAACCGGACUGGGCGCAUCACCUCAAUGCUUAUAUGGUUGAGUCUGCAUGGAGAUUAGGCAACUGGUCAAAGUUGGAAAGUUGUAUCAAGUCUGAUAAAAGCAGUAGGAACUGGGCAGUAGGAAUUGGGAAGAUAUUAAUGGCAGCAAAAGAACAGAAAUCUGAGCAGCUACGGAAACAGCUACAAAUUGUUAGGCGAGACCAGAUGGCUCCUUUGUCUGCAGCUAGUAUGGAGAGUGGAUCAUAUUAUCGUGGAUAUGAAUAUAUUACAAGAUUACAUAUGCUGAGUGAGAUAGAGGAAAGCGUAGGUGUUCUCAUGGACCUUCACACUGAGGACAGUGGUUCAAGUUCCACCAAGCAUACCUCAGUUGACCUGUUGCGUCAGUGGGAGUCUCGUCUUCAAGUUAUGCAGUGCUCUUUCCGGACACAGGAGCCAGUUUUAACCCUACGGCGGAUUCUGUUCACUCUGGCCCAGCAGACCACAGGUCAAGAGGUGGACCAAGACAUUGGUCACUGGUGGCUCUGGAGUGCCCGCAUUGCUCAGAGAGCGGGACACUUACAAACAGCAUUCAGCUGCCUACUGCAGGCCAGUGAUUACAACUUACCUGAGGUGUUCCUGGAGAGGGCGGAGUGGCUGUGGACCAAGGGAGAAAAAGACCAAGCCAUAUCAUGUCUGGAACGAGGAAUGUCUAUCCACUUCGAGGAUGUUUCCAAAUUAAAACUGGACGGUUCAGCUCAGACUGACAACAAACGCAAGACAUAUGCCAAGGCAUUACUGUUGUACGGAUGUUACAGUGAAGAGACAUCUAAAAUGGAAAGUAAUGUGAUCUUAAAGCAGUACAAAGAGGUAACUGAUGUCUACCCAGACUGGGAGGAUGGGCACUUCCACUUAGCAAAGUAUUACGACAAGAUCAUGACUACUUUGCUUGAGGACAAGGACAAACCUGAUCCUUCUCGCCAACGGGAGUUUAUUCACCAUGUUGUCAAAUCCUUUGGUCAGUCCCUUCAGUAUGGUAAUCAGUAUAUCUAUCAGUCCCUGCCACGCCUCCUAAGUCUGUGGCUCGAUUUUGGCACAAGUGUAGCUGAGAUGGAGAAAAGGGAUGUGUCUCGAAACCAGCAGCUUGCUCACAAACUACAGAUCAUGAGGACCACUUUAGCCAAGCUCAAUAAGCUGGUGUCAGCCCUCGGACAACAGUUAGCCUCCUAUCAGUUGUUCACAGCCUUUUCACAGCUUAUUUCCAGGAUCUGUCACACCCAGCCAGAUGUCUUUCAACAGCUCAGGGAGAUAAUUGCUUGCUUGUUUGCUAAGUUCCCUCAGCAAGGCAUGUGGAUGUUGAUGGCAGUGUCAAAGUCAUCCUAUAAAGUCAGAGUAAGUCGAUGCAAAGACAUAUUUGCAAGAGCAGAGCAAAUAAAUCCAGGAUUGCAGAAAUUUGUAAAGGACUCCACCAAGCUUACAGAUCGUUUAUUGGAGCUGUGUAAUAAAGAAUAUACUGGCUCAAACAACAUGAGUGUAUCGCAGCACUUUAAACCACUCAAACGUCUGCUGGAUGACAGUAACUUCAGCAGUAUAAUACUACCUCUCCAGUCCAACAUGACAGUGAUGUUGCCCAGUACUCCUGGAUCACACGCCACACAUGACCCAUUCCCUGCCAAAGAAGUGUACAUCAGUGGCAUUAAUGAUGUUGUUGAGAUCCUGCCUUCUCUACAGAGACCAAAGAAGAUUUCACUGAUUGGUAGUGAUGGUAAAUUUUACACCAUGAUGUGUAAACCCAAGGAUGACUUGAGAAAAGAUGGACGUUUGAUGGAAUUUAAUGACAUUGUGAACAAGUUUCUGAGGAAGGAUCCAGAAUCAAGGAGGAGGCAGCUCCAUAUACGUACUUAUGCUGUUGUUUCCCUCAGUGACAAAUGUAACUUGAUUGUUGUACAUUGUU